AUGUCUAAACAACUCGCCCACACAAAACUCAAACUCAUGCAAGCCAUUGAGGUUAACGAGAACCGCGUGCGCAGCUGUGCCAAAGAUAUGCUUCUUAUCCAGAAAAUGUAUGAGGUCUGCCAAAUGGAGGAUGAGAAGGAGAGGAUUAGGAUGAUGAGAAAUAAAGAUACUUUUUAUAAGAAAGAUAUUGAGGAAAUCAAGGCAAUGAGGAGGGAGAAGUAUAGCAUCAAGGAAAGCAGGAAAGAAUUGAAGAAGGAGAAGCAGUCUUUACUUCAAAAUAUUGAGAUAACUAAAUAAAAAUUAUAGAGAAAUGAAGGAAAGAAAUGAAAUAGCUCAACAAGUGUUUUUACUUUCAAAAUGGAUGAAGUAUUCCAAAAACACAAAAGAACAGCUAGAAAGCUUUAAGAGGCUCAAAAAAGAACUAUUACAAAAACUAAAUUCCUCCAACCACCACAAUACCACAAGAAAAUCUUCAUCAGCCAAUAGACUCAAGAGAACAUCCCAAACCCCCUAUCUCGACUCUACAAAACUCACUACCAAACCAUCCUCCCACCAAUUUCCCUCCUCAACACUCCUUCACACCCCUCCAAGCUCUGCUAACCUCACAUAAACCACCCCUUUUCAAUAAUCUCUUC